CGCUGGUUAAGCCAACUGUGGUAUUCUGCACUUCGCGUAUCUCUGCAUAACAUGUCAAAUAUGUGCGAUAACUAUAUAAUAGAAAUCAAUAUUUAACAUGUUGCAAUGACAUGAAUAAUUCGAUUCAUUAAUGUUAUUGAAAAUGAAAAGUGAUAUCUUUUGACCUCGGAAGCCUACUCAAGUUUCACCUACUUGUGAAUUCCUUCUACGUAAAAGUGACAAACACUUUAUAGGUUAUAAGCAACAAAUAAUUAUGUACGAUAAGAUGUUUAAAUUAUUCUUCACCUUGGUUUUAUUAGCUGCGGCAAGUGCACAAGAAGUGUCUACUGAAUCCGGAGCUCCAACGAUCGGGAACGAGUUGGUGAAUGAAACCAUUGAAACAGAACAUCCUGUGGCGCAAACCGAAGAAGCCGAUAAUCAGGCAAAGUCGAACGUGACAGUUGAAACUGUUUCCCACAAUGCUACUAAGGCCAAUUGCUUAUCAAAUAAGGAACAUGGAGCAGUCGAGAUGGUUAAUGCUAGCAGGCUCAUGGAAUUACUGAUUCUCGAACCUGGACCAGGAAACAAGACUAGAACAGCCAAGGAAGGAAAACAGCUGCCUGGUGCCUGCAUACUUGUAUUUUUUUACGCUCGUUGGUGCGUUUUCAGUAGUCAAGCUGCUCCUCACUUCAAUGCUAUGCCUAGAAUAUUUCCACACAUCAAAAUGGUUGCCGUUGAUGCAAUUAAAUACCAGAGCUUUAACACGCAGUAUGGAAUAGUCGGUGUUCCAACAUUAAUGCUUGUUCACAAUGGAAAGCCUGUGUCUAAAUUCAAUGGUACCGAGUACACUGUCGACACGUUUACUAAAUUCAUUAAAUAUUUAACAAAUCUUGAACCGACUGAGGCUGUGUACGUCACAUCUGCGGAUUUUGCGGGACCUGUGCCGAGUACACCGUCUAAUGAGACUGAUUACUGUCUGUUAUUAUCAUGGGCGUUUAUAGCUGCGUGUUCAUUGUAUUUUACAUCAAAAAGCCGAUGGUGGCGUCAGUUUGUUGAGUUAGUACAAAAUACUUGGCGGGAAAGUAACGCUCAACACGAGCAUACCGAUUAGAAGGUCAGACCUCUAUAAUUAGCAAUUUGAAUAAUGUAUAACAUUUUGUACAGGUGGAAGAAUUUCGCUUUCGCAGUCAUUUCUUUAUAUUUAGAAAAAUUUCAAAAUAAAAACAAAUUAUU